GCAAAUCGCGCGUGCGCCAUCUUUGAGAACGACCGCGUCAGGACGCACGCUUAUACCGCCUACCGCCGCGCCUGAGCUUGAUGUCGUUCGGUUUAUCUUUGCGACAUGACGAAAGAAAAUUUGCACGCGCUUUGUCCAUCAUACUCUGAAGAGCUCGUAGGACCGACUCGGGCACGUUACAGAGCGAAGAUCGAAAUGUGUGACGGCAUCGACCCUUAUGAACUGUGCAUCGGCAAGGACGCAACGCCGAACGUCGACUUGCUGCCCACCGUCACGCACGCCGACAUCGUCAAUUACUUGGUGCUUUCAACAAGUCACGUUACUUUGCAACAGAUGAAGGCGUACAAAUCCUUAGAAGGCCAUAAUUAUUUUACGAGCGGAUGGGUCAAGAGCAUCGCAGCAAAGCAGCUGGCAUCAGAGCGCGUCAUCGUUUUGAGCGAGGUCAACCACUCUCAGCGCCUACGGGAGGUACCCCUUAAAGUGUGGAUUCUUGCCAAAGCAGAUGGAACUGUCGGGACAGCGCAUUGCACGUGCAUGGCAGGUGUAGGCGAAGCAUGCUCGCAUGUUGCUGCUACACUUUUUGCCAUAGAGACAGCUGUGAGGCUGAGGGACUCCGUUACUUGUACUGAAAAGAAAAAUACAUGGCUGCCAGCUCACAGCCGGAAUGUUGAAUUCCGAAGGCUAAGGGAAAUCGACUUUUCUUCGUCAAAAGCAAAGAAGAAAAAGAUGGACAACAUUAUAAACAGUACUAUUACUGCACAUGUAACCCCUUCAUCACAUAGGCUACUGUCAAUCCCAGCUGCGACAGAUGCAGAGCUUGAGCAGUGCUUUUCAGCAAUAGCAGAUGCAGGAGUGACGCCAGCGUUGUUUACUCUGCAUGAAAAAUAUAGCUCUCUUUUUCAUCCACCACGAGCAAAAGAGCCUUUACUUCUUCGAACCCUAAUGUGUGAAGAGGCCGCUUCUGAGGAUUUGCCUGCUCUGGUGAGCCGAGCCGAAGAGUUUUUGAAAGAAAUGGUGAUAACAGAAGAUAUGGUGCAGCAUGUCGAAGCCGUAACAAGAGAGCAGUCAAAAUGUGCAAAGUGGUUUGCAUUUAGAGCUGGACGAGUAACAGCUUCAGUUAUGAAGAGUGUGUGUAGGACAAACGUGGACUACCCGUCAAUAAGCUUGUUGAGAAGAAUCUGCUACCCAGAGAAAAACAAGUUUUCAUCUGAAGCCACAGACUGGGGACUCAAGCAUGAAAGUGCUGCCCUCUCCAAGUACCAAGCAAAUGCAGUGCAAUGCCACAACAAUGUGACACUAAGAAGGGCCGGCGUUUGUUUAAGUGCCAAAUAUCCCCACCUUGCAGCAUCCCCAGAUGCUAUUGUCAGCUGUCUAUGCUGCGGUGAAGGCAUUGUUGAAGUAAAAUGCCCUUAUUCACUUGCAGUACAAGGACUAGAAGCAGCAUUGAGCAACAAAGAUUUCUGCCUGGAAGCUAGUCCAGAAGGACCUCGCUUAAAGAGGACGCACGAGUAUUUCUACCAAGCCCAAACACAGCUGGCAAUGUGUACGGUGAAAUACUGCGACUUUGUCGUUUGGACGCCAACUUCUGUACAUAUUGAAAGAAUAGUGGAAGAUUGUGCAUUCUUUCAAGGAAUUCUGGAAUUGGCAACACGAUUUUUCACACACGUUGUGCUACCUGAAAUGUUUUCACAAUACUUCACCCGAAAAGAUACACCAAAGGCUGGCACUAGUGCUAAAAGAUCUGUGUACUGUUACUGUCGAGGCCCAGAAACAGGAAGAAUGGUGGCAUGUGAUGGGGAACACUGCCCAUACAAAUGGUUCCACUACUCGUGCAUUGGAAUGAAACGGGCACCAAAGCAGAAGCACUGGUAUUGUGCAGACUGUGCUCAACUGAAGAAAUCUUAGCAGAGUCCCUGGAACAAAAGCCCCAAGCUUUCACCAAUAGGUUACCAUGAGUUCUGUGUCAGCAAUUGCAGAAGAUACUUCAAAUCAGACUUGUAGCUAAUGAAGGAUUUAUGGAUUUAGCAUGGCGACAAGCUCUCAUCAGCUACAUAUAAAUGGUAUGGGAAAGAUCACAUGUGGAAAAGGAAGAAACUCCUAAAGAAGUUUGGCCACAUAACCAGCCACUGCUACAAUGCUCUACUCGAGUGGCGCUAUGCAUUCCGAGAUGGUGUCUUGUGAUCUGCUGUGCAAUGUCUCUUGGAACACACACCGAAACAGAAGGUCAUACUCAUCCGUCACACAUGUGGGGACCAAUCAAACUAUUCUAUGCCCGAGUACAAGCUAGGCGAACGACAGAAGGGUUGAAAGACAACUGUAACUCUCAAUGUACAUGGACUUUCCCCUUCAAGUUUCAACGGUGGUUUCAAUUGCAUUUGUCUUUGAUGUGAUGCAGAUUUCAGAGCUCACUAGGCAAGACUGCUUUGUCAGUGCGGUAUGAAGAGAAAGCUUCAAUCAGUAUAUCACACUGCCAACAAUAAAGAGAUUGGGUAGUUA